AUGCUAAAUGCAACAGUGCCCUCGAAGCCUAUGCUAAAUGCAACAGUGCCCUCGAAGCCUAUGCUAAAUGCUCCUCUCUUCAUGACGCCAGGGAAUUGUCUGGUGUUCGUGCUAAUAAGAUCACCUUUGCCGGUGUUCUUUCAUCACGUGCUGCUGUUUUUGAGCUUCCUCUCUCCCAACAGGAUGUUUUAUGAAAUGCCUCGUCGCAAUGCUGUCACUUGGAAUGUUAUUUUGAGGAGUAUGCAUGUGCUUGAGGAGGGGAUGCAAAUUCAUGGAGUUGUUGUGAAAUGGGGACUCCGUGAGGAUAAUGUUAUUUCUAGCUCUCUAAUAGAUAUGUAUGUCAAGUGUGGGGAAUUGGAGAAUGGUUCUCAGGUUUUUUAUCAGCUUGUUUCCAAAGAUUUGGUGUCGUGGACUUGCAUUGUGUCAGGGUAUGCAAUGAGGGGGAAAACCUGGGACGCGAGAAGGCUUUUUGAUCAGAUGCCUGAACGAAAUGUGACCUCGUGGAAUGCUAUGUUGGCUGGAUAUACCCGAUUCUUUAAAUGGUAUGAAGCAUUAGAUUUUGUGGGUUUGAUGCUUGACACUGUUAAGGACUUGGAUCAUGUCACUCUUUGUUAA